AUGGACAUGGUGUUGCCCAAGGUGGUCGCCAUCAAGGGCAACAAAGUCACGAAAGUGUCAAUGAACCUCAUUGACGGGUUUGACUGUUUCUACUCCACGGACGACCACGACCCGAAAACUGUGUAUGUUUGCUUCACGCUAGUGGAUAUACCCAAGAUCUUGCCCAUCAGAGUACUGAGUGGGCUACAGGACUAUGACUCCAACGCCACGAACGAAUUAUUGAGUUCGCAUGUAGGCCAGAUACUAGACUGUUUCCAUGAAGAGCUAGUGAAAUACCGCAAUCAAACCUUGAAUAGCUCUGGAAAUGGCCAAUCUAGUAGUGGUAAUGGGCAAGACACCAUUAGUGACAUUGGAGAUGCCACCGAAGAUCAAAUAAAAGAUGUUAUCCAGAUAAUGAAUGAUAACAUCGACAAGUUUUUGGAGAGGCAAGAACGAGUGUCUCUACUAGUGGACAAGACUUCACAACUGAAUAGCAGCAGUAAUAAAUUUAGACGUAAAGCCGUCAACAUAAAGGAAAUAAUGUGGUGGCAAAAAGUCAAAAAUAUUACGCUGCUGACUUUUACGAUUAUACUUUUUGUUAGCGCUGUUUUUAUGUUUUUCUAUUUAUGGUAA